UGCUAUGAGGUGACGUCCUGGCCCCGCCCCCUGCUUGUGUGCGGCCAGUACCGGAAGUUCCGUUCCGUCGCGAACUGGGAAAGCAAAGCGUACCUCUCACAGUGUAUGUGUGGCAACAACAUGUCUGUUCCGCUGCUCGCCGAGGCUGUGACGGUGUCUGGGAUGGAGAAGGAGACUGCGGCGGUGAUAUUCCUUCAUGGGUUAGGAGACUCAGGGCAUGGGUGGGCCGACACUUUGACGGGGAUCCAGCUGCCUCACGUCAAGUUCAUCUGCCCCCACGCGCCCCCGAUUCCCGUCACUCUCAACAUGAAUGCAAUGAUGCCCGCGUGGUUUGAUCUAAAGGGUCUCAGUCCCGACUCCGCGGAGGAUGAAUCUGGAAUCAAGAAGGCAGCAGACAACAUCAAGGCCAUAAUCGAACAUGAGGUGAAAAAUGGGAUCCCUCCACACCGUAUAAUGCUCGGUGGCUUCUCUCAGGGUGGAGCCUUGUCCUUGUACACCGCCCUGACCUGCCAGCAUCAGCUGGCCGGCGUCGUGGCCCUCAGCUGCUGGCUGCCGCUCCACAGGAGUUUCCCAUCGGCUUCCAGCAGCCACAAGAAUCCCAUCCUGCAGUGCCACGGUGAGAUGGACAGCAUGAUCCCAGUGAGGUUUGGUGGCAUGACGGCAGAAAAGCUCAAAACCAUAGUCAACCCUCAGAUGAUCACCUUCAAAACCUACCCAGGGCUCUCUCACAGCUCCUGCCCUCAGGAGAUGGCGACUGUAAAGGAAUUUAUCGAGAAGUAUAUGCCCCGAGUCUGACCUCACCUCACCCCCACUGUGACCCUCUGAGACACUGACCUCUCACGCCUGAUCUGCCAUUCUCCCACAGGAAACAGCCAUGAGCACCCCUCUUCCACACACAUCAGCAAGAUGACAAACACGCACACACAUUUAAUAUUGAUUUGAUCCAUACUGCUACACAUAACAUACUUCUCUCAAAUGCAGUCCUUCAGACACUCAUACUGAAAAUGCACUGAUUUAUUCUAACAUUAAUAAGUGCUAACACUCACAAGUCUUAGCCUUUCGGAGGGAGAAUACUAAACUCACAUGAUACAUUCCCUUUGGUUUUAUUUUAACCACCUCUGUCAGUCGCUUCCACACUAUCAAAUGUUUACCUCAUCUUAACCUUCAGCUGUGUCACAUCCUCUUUUGCUUUCGGUCUUUCGUUGCUGUGUCAAUAUGUAAGACAUAGAGUCACAUAAGCAGGUUAACAGCCACCAUGCUAAGGUGCAGUCAGACCGAAUUUCACUUCCCAAUCAUUUCCACACGGAAUGGGAUGCAACACAUUUACUCCUAGUCAGGAAUUUACCUUUUUCCUUUGGUUCAAUCAGAUUGAAUAAGCAAACAUAUUAUCUGUCCAAUGCACAAGUUUAGGAAAGGGGAGUUUAUUGUCUUGCUUAAUAAAUGCAUGGUAAAAUACUACAAUCAGAGCAUAGAUAGAAACAAAGCUAAAAACCAUUACAAUGUUUGAUAAAACCCUGCCCAAGCUUUUUCCUGUCCCCUCCUACAUUUUUUGUGCUACACCACACGAGUACAUUUGGCCAGAUUAAAUAAAUUCAGCCAUGUGAAAUUCUGUCCAACUACGGCUUUGCUUCAAUGUCAGUCCCACAUAAUCUGGUUUCCAUCCCACCACACAAAUUCUAAACAGCAGCCUGUCCGAGUCUUGCAUCACUAACCGCCUACGGAAGCCCCUCUUCACUAAUCUUGAAUCAUACACGAGGGCUUUACAUUCCUUUCUUUUUUUUAAACGGGUGUAAUAGAAUAUCUUGAAGUACAUGAAGAAAAAUCCAAUUGAAAUAAACCAAUCAAUCCAUGCUUUUGCCACGCUGUGCUGUUUAUUUCAAAACGUCCACAUCUGCAUGUUAACCUAUUUCUGCUUUGUGAUUAUUAUUUGUUUUAUUACCUCAAUUGAUUAAAAAAAUAUGUAAGAUUGUAGGUAUGAGUUGCAUGAAAUAAAAGAUCGCUCCAGAUGUUUGCAGGCCGGCACAGACUGCACACCAUGAGUCGCUUCACUGUCUCACUUUUCCUCAAAGAUUCUCCCCAUUCAAGUGUUCCUGUUUCAGCAUCUGCCACCCACCACCCUCCUCUUCAUCAGUCCCGGUGGAUUUUCAAAGUUCUUUUUGUGUUUAAAACCCCGGAAAAACCUGAUAACUAUAUCUUCUUCCACAACACCGUAGCAGUCCAGAGUUUUAAAAUGUACACCUUUUUUUUCCUAAGAAAAUAUUCACUUCCUUACUCCCUGCUUCGCCAACACACUGUAACCCACUAAUAUCCCAUAUAAGGUCAGAUUUAAAAUGAAUCCCAAUGCUAUUGUAGUUAACUUCUUAAAAAGAUAAAAUGGCUAUACACUGGGAGCUUUGGCAAGAAGCUGUUCCAACAUAACUGAUGGGUGAUUUUACAAAUAAAAACAGCAAACCUUGAACAUCGUGUGAUCCAUCCUUGAACAUAGGAGUGUAACUGAGGAGUUGUUUGUGCUUAAAAAUAUAUAUCAGGUGUUCUGCAUUUUCCUUUGUGAAUGGUUAUUUUGCUCCACAUGAUUAAUUGUUCUUUGUUGGUGUUCUUCACCCUGAUUUAACAAAAGAAAAGGAAGACAUCUGUUUGAUUGUUGUUGUUGAAUCAGUGAAUGUCUCUUCCCUCGUCGAGUCCUUUUAUGUUUUCCUGUGACUCUGAAUCUGAUGCAGCCCUGCCUUCAUUCUACGUCUCUGUUUUUAGUUUCUUUUCUUUGACACCUUUUUUUGUAUUCAUUUCUUACACUUCCCCUGUGUGAAAAGGUCUUGUGUUUUCUCUCCUGGGUUGUAUGUUUUCAUUGGUUUUUACUUUCAUGUUUUUGUUGUUUAUUUGACUUAUGUUUCGUUGCGUGUUGUCGCUGUUGUCAUCUCAUCCUUUUAUUGUUUGUUUUUAAUUAUAAGCAUUAACAAAACAUGUUUAGGUGAGACAUGAUGGUCUCCAGUUUUUUUUGGUUUUUGACACCUGUAUGCGGAAUAAAUGACAAAAAAAAA